AUGAUGACGGUUGACAUAGAUUCGAACCUGCCCUCCCGCAUCGCCCUCCCACCGGUUCCAGUCAUUGAAGUUCUACUCGUUGGUUGCUGGGAUGCUGGUUUGACAAACGUGCCAGGAACUAUUCUUCUCGAGUGCUUACUGGUAAAAGACGUGCGGGUCAACUUUAUAUAUCAAGCGAAAGGUAUAACGGGAUCCGGGUUCAAUCUGAGAAAGUGGAACUCCAAUAGCCAACAAGUAUUAAAAUCGAUUCCUUCUUAUCUGAGAGAUGACCGUCAAAUACUAGACUUGGAUGAGAAGGCAACUGUGAAGACGCUGGGCCUUACGUGGGAGCCAGCUACCGACACCCUGUGGAUCAAAGUUCCAGAUUGGAGGCCAGGUGGGCCAAUCACUCACCGUGUUGUGCUUUCUGAGAUUGCACGUCUGUUUGAUCCCUAUGGACUAGUUGGUCCGGUGGUCGUUCUAGGAAAACUUUUUCUCCAAGAAUUGUGGAAGGCCAAGUACUCCUGGGAUGAGCCGCUAAGCCAAGAACUGCAGACACAAUGGUUGGAGUUUAGAUCCAAUCUAUUCGAAUUGGAUGCAGCCUCAGUUCCACGGUGGAUCGGUUUCGGAAAAGACAUUAUUUCGUGCGAGUUCCACGGAUUCAGCGACUCAAGCGAUAAAGCAUACGGCGCUGCAGUUUAUUUGCGCUGUAUGGACUGGAACGGAGAUAUCACUGUCAACCUGCUAAUGGCCAAAUCAAAGGUUGCGCCAUUGGAGGAUUUUAGCAGGAGAAAAAAGAAGCAGUCAAUACCUAGGUUGGAGUUAUCUGCAGCUCUACUGUUGGCGCAUCUCUAUGACACCGUUUCGACGAGCAUGGCAAUUGAAGCAAAAUCUUUCUUCUGGACGGAUUCUACAAUAGUCAAAUGCUGGAUUUCCUCGCAUCCAUCGAGAUGGCAGGCAUUUGUGGCAAACCGUGUAUCGGAGAUACAGCAUGUCACAAAAGGGAAGCAGCACACCCUGGCCGAGACCUCCGGUGUGUCUGUUAAAGGCACUUCCGGCUACGACAACCUGCCGGAUCGCAAGUCGCAACCCUUCCAAAAGCUGCAUCAUCGCCAGCAGCAGAAAGUGCGGCAAUCAUCUUGCUAG